UACCAUAUUUAACUGUACUUACAAAGCGGAAGUAAAUUGCAAUCGGGAACAGAGACCUCAGUUGUUAGCUAACGUGAAAACAAAUAUGAUUUUAAGAUAAAGUGAAGGAAUAUGUGUUAAAAUACAGGAUAUAAAUAUGAUGUUACAACCUACUAACAAGCAACAGCCUGAAAUCAAAUAAAAGCGAAACACACAGAGAACACUAAGUCUUAUGUGUCAGUUAGAUUCAGGAUUAAAACUAAAGUAUGGACGAAAUUGAUGACGCAGAGGGUGUUCCCCUUUUAGUUGAGCUUGAGGACAUUCGUGUCACACUAAGAGAAGAAGCUGAGAACAGAACUGUUGACAAUGAAGGUUGUUCGAUGUACGAGUGUCUAGCAAAUACAAUCCAGUGUGUGUUUUCACGGACACCGGUUCAACGAAAUGUCAACAGCAGCGGUAGCGAUAAUGAUGGUUCACAUACGAUUGAGGAGUAUACAAACGCAGAAAAUAUACAGAAGGGUGUUGCAGGGCUCCUAGCUACACACUCAAAACAAUUUCAGUCUGUCUUGGUACUGCUGGUUGAAGACGUUCCUGUAGAGGUUUUACCAAACAAUCGAUCUGAAAACAAGAAGUAUGAAAAAAAGUUAGAGAACUUUUAUAACAAAAUCAUAUCUGAUUGUAGUGAUGGGAGUGCCUAUCAAACUUACAUCAAUUUAUGUAUAUAUGCAGCAGCGACUUGCAUUAAUACACCUAUUUACAUUCUUAGUACGAACGAGACGGGACAUAAGCAAUGGUCAUACUUCCAGCCCUUAUUUCGAUAUGAAGGUCAGCCAGAGUGCGUUAUUAGUUACGUGACAAUGUACAUGUUAUCUGAAAAAGCUUUUCACAAAAUAGAAUCACAUGAUAUUUCUGCACCACAGCCGGAGGCAACUGGACUGGUUGGCAUGUACUUGUCGAUUUUAGAAGACACACCAGUAAUGACUAUAGAUGUGCCAGAUGAAUUACAGAGACUGUCAGAUGUGUCCAAAUCGAAACUUUGCUAUACAUUAAGCCGUGAAAUUGUUUUGGAAUGCUGUAAAUGGUUUAUGGAACGACGUCUUAUCCAACAAGAGGAUAUCGACAGGAUGACUGUUCAUCGAGCUACAAGGCUUGAGUUUGCCAUGUUUGUCAAAAACUCUCAAGAAGCAUUUAUUAUUGUAUGUCAGGUUUUGCUGAAACGUCGUGAAAGGACUAUAUUGACACCAUACCUAGACCAUUGGAAUGUAUUUGUUAAAACCUGUGAUUUUCUGGAAAAGUACGACGCACUGGUUGUUCUUGAUAGUGCCAUUUACGAAAGAAAUAUUAGUGUUUCAUCUUUCGUAGAUUCUUGCAAAACUGGGGGCCAAGAACUGGACGAAAGAAGGAAAAAGAUAACAACAACAGUGAUUGCAAGUUCAUCCGUUGGUAUUGUAUCUGGUGGAAUGGUAAUUGCUGGGCUAAUACUUGCCCCUUUUAGUUUCGGUGCAUCUCUAGGGCUCAGUAUAGCGGGAGGGGCUAUUGGUGUGGGAACUGGAGUUGCGGCGGGUACAGCUAGAGCAGUUGAAGCUGUUAAACAGAACACAAAGCUGAAAGACAUCAAAGAGGAACAAGCAGAGAUUCAGAAGAAAGAAAACGCAGUAGCAGCUGCGCUAGAGAAAAUGGAACGAUGCUUCCAAACAACAAUUAAAAAAGGAAAUACGGCAGAGGACGAAGGGCCUGGCAUAAGUAGACGAGGCUUUCUUGCUGUUGGGUCAGCCUUAAGAGCUUCUCAUAGUGUUGCUGGGAUAGCUCUGGCUGCAGUUAGACUAGGUACCACCGCUGCUGCGGUCUCUGCGUCAGUUUUAGGACCUUUGUCUCUUGUGUUUGAUGUGGCGUUCCUAGCAGAAGCUGCUCAUAACAAAGCAACAGGUGAUAAAACAAACGCCGGGGAAUUGUUGCAGGGACAUGCUGAGACAGUUGAUAUGAAGUGUAAAAUAUUCAACAAUAUGCUUCGUGGAAAUUGUGCGGAACAAGGACGGUUAUUUCAUUGGUCGUAACUGUGUAACGGAUGAAAAGUUCAAGCAUUUUAUGUUUUAUAAUUGUGUCAUUCAUUCCUUGUAAUAUAUAUUUUACAGUAGUGUACAUAGGAAAAAUAAUUUUGAGAAGAAGUCAGAAAUGAAAAUGUGCAGUAUUUAAUUCAUUGCCUUACUUUCUUAACAUAAAGUAUCUUAUGUCUGAUUAUUAUACACUCUCAAAAAGCUUUGUGCAGCAUGCAGAGAUUUGGAAUGAUCUGUUUAAAGAAAGUUUGAGUAUUAACAAAAAGAUGAUAUAAGAAAUAAGAUUAAACUAAAUUUUAUACACAACACUAUAAAGUAUUUCAAGUAAUUGCCAAAAAUAUUACUAUGCACAUUUAGAUAAAUUGAUAAGUUAUGUUAUAACUGCAUAAACGAUAUUAUGUAUAUGAAAUAUAACGAAUUGGUUCAUCUAAGCUUAAGAGACAUCAAGUGAAACGAGAUGUGUAUUUUUAUUAGACGGAACAUUACGUCGAUCAGUCUGACCUAAAACCACGGAAAAUACAAAAUGGUAAAUUUUGUACAGUCAAUAUGUGUUUAAACUGCAGAAGGGUUUCAAAAUAAAAAGGUAUUAAUUUAUCUUAUUGUACAUGUAUUUAGACCAUAAAGAAAUGAAAUCUUAUGUUUAGUAAGACUAGGUAUUGUAUAGUUUUGGAGAACAAUUUGGUUGAAGUUUUGAAAAGUUGGUGUUUAUAUAACUUUUUAGUCACUUUCAGAAAUACAAUCCUGUGAUUUGUACGAUUAAUUAUUAACAAGAACAGACAUUUAUUUGAUAAUCGUAUAGAAGUACAGUUUUUAAUUUGAAGGCAUAAAAUAUGUUUCCUUGUAUUGAAAGGCUUCAAAGAAUUCUCGAUUCGAGUAUUACAUGUUUUUAAAGUGACAUUAUAAAGACUGAGAUUUCAACACGUGUACGUGUAUGAAAUGCCUAUACAAAAUACUGAUCUUGUUUAAUUGUCCAAAUAUAUUAAAGUUUAUCUGGUUAAGUAAAAGACUUUUGAGAUUGUUAACUAUUAUUUAGAUCUAGAUUUUAUAAAAAAUUUUAAUGCUUUGA